AUGUUUAACCGGAGCGGUGGUACCGGUUGUGCGGGGCAGCCGGGGCCGGCUGGGGGUGGCUCUCGCGGGACCGGCCGGGCGCUGCGGGCACCCCGAGCACCGGGUGCUGGGGGGCGCAUGGAACCAGAGGGGGAGCGGGGCGGGGACCCCCAGCUGGACCCCCGGCCCAGAACGCUCCCACGGGGCCAGGAGAGACCGAGUCCUGGAGAGGAGCGGGAGGGGCCCGUGGAGGGCAGAGAGACGCGUCUGAGAGUGGUGCUAAGAGUCCGGCCACUGACCUGCACGGAGACGCGGCGAGGUGACCAGCAAGUUGUGCACAGCCUCGGUGACGGCGCCGUCCAUGUAAGCGCGGCCAGGCACGAUGCCACCUUUGGCUUCAGCGCCGUGUUCGACGCCGGCGCCUCGCAGGAGGCUGUGUUCGAAGGCAGCGGGAUGAGGCAGCUGGUGGAGCUGGCCAUAGACGGCUUCUCCUGCACCGUCUUUGCCUUCGGGCAGACCGGCUCGGGGAAGACCUACACCCUGAUGGGGCCCCUCGCCCAGAGCGAGACCCAGCCGGCGUCCCCGGCCCUGCUGGGGCUGAUGCAGAGGUCCUUCACCUGCCUCCUGGAGCAGAGCCGGAGCCGUGGCUCUGACCUGGCUCUCAGCGCUUCCUACCUGGAGAUCUACAACGAACAGGUCCGGGACCUGCUGAGCCCGGGACCGCCGUGCGCCCUGCCCCUGCGCUGGAGCAAAACCCGCGGCUUCUACGUGGAGAACCAGCUCAGUGUGGAAUUCGAGAGCCUGGAGGCCAUCGUCAGCCUGCUCCUGCAAGGAUCCCAGAGGCGCCGGACCUCGGCACAUGCCCUCAACAGGCACUCGAGCCGCAGCCACGCCCUUCUGACCGUCCACGUCCGCAGCCGAGCCGCCAGCGCCUGCCCCAGCAAGCAGGGCACGCUGUGCUUCGUGGACCUGGCUGGCAGCGAGCGGGUGAAGGAGACUGGCUCCAGCGGGGAGCUCUCCGUGGAGGCCAACAGCAUCAACCGCAGCCUCCUCGCACUGGGACACUGCAUCUCCCUGUUGGCCAAACCCCGAGGGAAGCGAACGCACAUCCCCUACCGGGACAGCAAGCUCACCCGGCUGCUGGCUCGCUCGCUGGGCGGCUCGGGCAUCACCCUGAUGGUCGCCUGCAUCUCCCCAUCCUCACGCUGCCUCUCAGAGACUCUGAGCACGCUGCACUACGCCAGCCGUGCCCGGAAGGUCACCACCAGACCCCUGGCCAACAGGGUGUCCCGGGAGAAGCUGCUGCAAACCUUGGAGCGAGAAAUCCAUGCCCUGCAGCUGGAAAACCUCUCCCUGCGCCAGCAGCUGUGCCUGCCCAGAGUGCCAGUGAGGAGCACGGAGGUCGCAGGGAACCCUCCAAAAGCAUGGGCAGGCUCUGGAGACAGCUCUGCAGGGCAGCUCCCAGCAGAAGGAACCCCAGCCUGGCCCAGCCUCUACGGUCUCCUGCGGGACUUCGUGGUGGAGAACGAGCAGAUGAGGCAGCCCCGUCUGUCCCCACACCUCAGUGGUGACAUCCCAGCUGGGCCAUCCCACAGAGCCACGCGCAGCUCCUGUGACAGCCAGCCCCUGCUCCGGAGUGCCCGCACCCUGCACGUCCCCCACAGGCACUCGGCGAGGCACCGGCGGCCCGACACCACACCCAGCUCUGUCCCCCGGCUCCCGAAGCUCCCUCCCGCCUCCAGCCACCCCAGCUGCCCAGGGUGCCCACAGUGCUGCCCUGGGCCAGCUGAUGCCACCAUGCUCCAGGUGCUGCCAGUGCCCGCCGUGCCACAGCCAGUGCCCCCUGAGGGAAGUGCUGGUCUUCUGCCACCUGGACAGGAGGACACGGCUCUGCCUGGCUCCCAUCACCCCCACGGGCACCCCCAGCUGCACCAGAAGAAGUGGAGUCGUGGCAGGAGCAGGAGCUUGUCUCAGCAGCACCCGCUGCACCGGGAGCUGCCAGGCCCUGAGCACGUCCCCAGCUCUGAGGGAAGGGUCAUCCCCUCAGCACCGCCGUGGCCAGGGCUGCCAGAGCCCAGAGCUGCCGGCACCGUCCCUCUCCUCCAGUGGGAAGAGGCACUGGACUGGCUGGCAGAGCAGAUCUGAGCUGCCACAGGCACAGCAUGGAUGGGGCCAGCAUCAGGGAUCUGGCACAGAC